GUUUCUUUUACUCUGUUCUAGUCCAAGAAAAAAGGUUUGAGCUUUGAGGAGAAGAGAGCUCGCAUGAUGGAGAUCUUCUUUGAAACAAAAGAUGUGUUCCAGUUGAAGGAUAUAGAGAAGAUUGCUCCAAAAGAAAAAGGGAUUACCUCGAUGUCAGUGAAAGAGAUUCUGCAGAGCUUAGUUGAUGAUGGCAUGGUGGACACUGAUAGAAUUGGAACUUCCAAUUAUUUCUGGGCUUUUCCAAGUAAAGCUCUUCAUGCCAGGAAGCGUAAAUUAGCAGAAUUGGAGUCUCAGUUUGCUGAAAGCAAUCAGAAAAAAGAGGCUUUACAGAAAAGCAUUGAGAAGUCAAAAAUUGGACGUGAAGAUACUGCGGAACGUGCAGCUCUAAUAGAGGAACUUGCUGCCCUUCGACAGAAAAAAGAGCAGCUAAAGGCAGAAAUAGACAAAUACAGAGAAUGUGACCCAGAUGUCAUUGAAGAAAUGCGCCAAACAAACAAAGUAGCCAAGGAGGCAGCCAACAGAUGGACUGAUAAUAUCUUUUCAAUAAAGUCCUGGGCCAAACGUAAAUUUGGAUUUGAAGAGAGCAGAAUUGACAAAGGUUUUGGAAUCCCAGAAGAUUUGGAUUACAUUGAUUAGUGUUCAGCAGCUGAUGACUGACACAGUUGUACAUAGUUUGUUUAAAUAUUCUCAGUUGGCAUUUCAAUGUGUAGCUGAAUCCUCUCCAAGCAGCUUUAUAAUUUGCAGGUUUUGUUAAAGUUAAUAAAAUGAUAAAAACAUG